ACCAAUAACUCUGUUUUUUCAAUUUCUCAAGUUUCCACCCACUUUCAUCAAUUCUAGUUAUAUUUUCCAAUUCCUUUUAUUUUCCCUCACUUUCUCGCCCACAUUUUCCCGGAAAACAAAAACCCAACACCCAACACACAAAAAAAAACUUCCUGAUAAAAGCGAUGAGGGCACAGAAAACGCCGAUCCAUGCAGUUUCGACAUGGGUGCGUCGACAACCCCCGAAAGUGAAGGCCUUUUUGGCUGUGGUCUCGGGCAUGGCGGCGCUGGUUCUUCUCCGUUUCAUCGUACACGACCACGACAACCUUUUCGUAGCUGCCGAGGCUGUACACUCCAUAGGAAUCUCCGUGCUCAUCUACAAGCUCAUGAAGGAGAAGACUUGCGCUGGACUAUCGCUCAAAUCCCAGGAAUUAACAGCUAUUUUUUUAGCUGUUAGGCUCUACUGCAGUUUUGUUAUGGAAUAUGAUAUACACACCCUACUUGAUUUAGCUACAUUUUUGACAACCUUGUGGGUUAUUUAUAUGAUCCGUUUUAACCUAAAGUCUAGUUACAUGGAGGACAAGGACAACUUUGCGAUAUAUUAUGUGGUGAUUCCCUGUGCCGUGUUAGCUUUGUUUAUUCAUCCGUCAACUUCUCACCAUUUCUUGAACAGGAUCUUCUGGGCAUUCUGUGUAUAUCUGGAAGCCAUUUCAGUACUACCCCAGUUGCGGGUAAUGCAGAAUACCAAGAUUGUUGAACCAUUCACUGCUCAUUAUGUAUUUGCUUUGGGUGUGGCAAGGUUCCUGAGCUGUGCUCAUUGGGUUCUCCAGGUUUUAGAUACUCGCGGACACUUGCUGGUUGCCCUGGGUUAUGGAUUAUGGCCUUCUAUGGUUCUUAUCUCAGAAAUUGUCCAGACUUUCAUCUUGGCAGACUUCUGUUACUAUUAUGUCAAAAGUGUUUUUGGUGGUCAGCUCGUCCUCCGUCUUCCAUCUGGAGUGGUGUAACAGAAAUCCUCUUGGUCCAUGUUCAGCGGGCGCAGAGCCAUCUAAGAAUUAACUUAACCAGGCAAUGUGGAUUUUACCUUGUUUAAGUGUCCUUUUUGCACUCCACACAGAUCUGGUUCUCCGUGUUAUGACUAUUGGUCAAGUGGGUUGUUGUAAAGAUGGCGGACGCAGAAAGCUUUGAUAUUUAUAUAUUAAACAUGAUUUUCAUAGUUGAUUUAUUUUGUGUCAAUUGUAAUAUGUUUGAGCUGGUCACAGUGUCAGUUAUUCCCACUUCCAAUUAUGUGGUCAAGCUGUCUAAAUGGUUAGUUACUGAUGCUCAACCAAAGUGUAGUGUACUUGUCUAAAUGGUAUGGAACACCAGGCAUUUUCUGGCCUUAUUGAUCAAUUUAAUGAUUCCAAUGCCACGGCACGAUGGUUUUACCUUGAA